UCAGUCACCAAUCAGAGCUGACUAUUUUUAGCACAUAGCUGCGUCUGUUGACACAAAUAUUUAAUUAACGUUUACGUUUCUAAACGCAUUUUCACGCGUGAACGUUCUAAAUUUCAAAACGCAUCGAGGCGCGUGCAUUGUUUAAAAAGACAAUCGAUUAAUUUUGCCGCGAAAUCUUGUUUUGGGUGCGUUUUCGAUACGAUGCGUCAUUGAAUGUCAUUGGUGUUAUAAAUACAAUGAGCUCGCUUCCAGAAAUAGGUGCCACAGGUUCUCCAGGCAAGACGAAAAUAAAGUACCCUGGAUUCGACGGGUUAACAAUGAGUAUUAUUGUCAGUGCGUACUCGAUUGGACAACGUGGGUGAAUCUUUGCUUUGUUUUUUUUCUUUUUGAAAUAAUGGAUGAUGAUCAAGUGCAACAGUUUAACUUGCGAUGGCACAACCACCAGAACAGCGUCAUUGGCGCACUCAGUCAGAUGUGGAAUACAGGAGCGCUGACUGACGUGACUCUCAGUGCUAAUGGCACCAUCCUGAAGGCACACAAGCUGGUGCUGGCGUCUUGCAGCCAGUACUUCGCACAACUGUUCAAGGAGGUGGACCAUGACAGCACGCUAGUCGUAGUCCUCGACUGCGGCGCCUCCUCGCUGCGGCUGCUGCUGUCGUUCAUGUACAGCGGGCAGGUGACGGCGUCGCGCGCCGCGCUGCCGCCGCUGCUGGCGCUGGCCGCCGCGCUGCAGGUCGCCGGCUUCACUGACGCUAGUCCAACCUUCCUACCAGCGGAACCAGAAACAAAAGAAGACCCAAAGCCAGAACCAAUCUCACCAAUCAACUUACAAAACAAACCCGAAACGAACGAUAACUCAAACUCUUUAGACAACAAUAGCAACUACAGAUUCAACUUUGACGACUUACCAGGCAAUACUGAGAGGCAGACCGAGUACAGACAUGAGGAGAGAUUGAGCAAACUUGAUCAGAUUGUCCAGAAUUUGUACAGUACGCACCGGAUUGAAGGACCCACGUUGCCGGUUUUGCCUCCCGUGCCUACCACUCCGCCUGUUUCCAGCUCUUUUGACGAAACCCCAGAAACCCGCAAAUGGCGAUCGCGCGUCACCUGCCCAGUCUGCCACAAGCGCCUAAGCAACCAGUACAACUUGCGCGUGCACAUGGACACGCACGCGGGCGCGCUGCACGCGUGCCGCGCGUGCGACCACGUGUCGCGCUCGCGGGACGCGCUGCGCAAGCACCGCGCCUACCGACACCCGCCCAGACCCAGCCAGUAGAGGGGUUCUAUCAGUGACCGAGUUACACCACCAAUGCCAUCGCCAUCGCUCUAGGGUGGGAUUUUAUCAGUGACCGACGUCAUAGGGUGAGG